CAUCCAACGACUAAACCAACCACUUUGUUUUACCCUCAAUCCCAAGUCCAACAUUUAGGGACCACUGAUUUAUAGUUUUCCCUUCACCGGAAUAUAUUGACACUAGCACCGAAGCUUCCUCUUUUUAUCUCUCUCUCUUAGUUUUCUUUCUCCCCUUUGCUCUAAGUUCUGUCUACAAAAACUUCAUAUACUUCCUGUGCGUGCCCUCUGUUGUUAUUAAUUCUCUCUCGUUGCACUUUCUGAAAUCCCAACAGUUCAAGUUCUUAUCAUCUCUACUAUAUUCUUCCGGGUUUAAUUGAUUGAUGAGUUUCUGAUAAUUUGUAUGUAGAGUUUCAGACACUUUCUGAUAAGUAAUGAAAUACGUUGUGAAAUUGUGUGUUUUAUAAAAUUGUUCAUUGUCACAAGAAAUGGAUAUGCCGGAUGAAAAUUCACAAAUUUUGAGAACUAGUUUACCGGAACAGUCAUCGUCGGACGUCAAACCGCUAGAGCACCAGCAGACGCCGAUGUGGCUCAACAGGGAAAUACGUUUACCACAAAGUCAAUAUACUGUUGCCGGCGCUGGGGAGAAUUUGCAGUCCGACUCAAACCAGUGGUUAUCAAGGUCGAUUUUACAGAGGAAUAUAAGCGAUGUUCAGGCAUCCAAUGAUUCCGAGUUGAAUAAGGACGAGUUUGGUGAGAGUGAAGUCGUGAAUUGGCAAAAUGCGGGGUAUAAAGCUGAAAUUCUGGCACAUCCAUUGUUUGAGCAGUUGUUGUCAGCCCAUGUGGCGUGCUUACGAAUAGCAACGCCUGUAGAUCAGUUGCCAAGGAUUGAUGCACAGCUGGCACAGUCGCAGCAAGUAGUAGGCAAAUAUUCCAGCCUUGGACAUGGGAAUCUUGCUGAUGACAAGGAACUUGAUCAGUUUUUGACACAUUAUGUCCUGUUGCUUUGUUCUUUUAAAGAACAACUACAACAACAUGUUCGUGUUCAUGCAAUGGAAGCAGUUAUGGCUUGCUGGGAAAUCGAGCAGUCGUUGCAAAGCUUAACUGGAGUUUCUCCAGGAGAAGGUACAGGUGCUACAAUGUCUGAUGAUGAAGAUGAACAGGUGGAUAGUGAUGCCAAUUUGUUUGAGGGAAGUUUAGAUGGUCAUGAUAGCAUGGGCUUUGGUCCUUUGAUCCCAACAGAGAGUGAGAGAUCAUUGAUGGAGCGUGUGAGGCAGGAGUUAAAGCACGAGUUGAAACAGGGUUACAAGGAAAAACUAGUGGAUAUUAGAGAGGAAAUUCUUCGAAAGAGAAGGGCAGGAAAACUCCCCGGCGAUACUACCUCUGUCUUGAAAGCUUGGUGGCAAUCACACUCAAAGUGGCCAUACCCCACUGAGGAAGAUAAGGCAAAACUGGUACAAGAGACAGGUCUUCAACUAAAGCAGAUAAAUAAUUGGUUUAUUAACCAAAGGAAAAGGAACUGGCACAGUAAUCCUUCCUCUUCUACAGCUUUGAAGAGCAAACGCAAAAGGGAAGUUAUUAGCAAGCUUCCUUGGACGAGCUACCAAGUGUCCAGCUACUAUCUGUAUGUAGUAUAUAGAAAGAUGGACUCAUUCAGUUAAAGCAACAGGUCAGUUAUUUCGCAACUGCAGGACAACUACAACUAUUACAGACAGAUCCUACUUAAUCAAAAGAUCGAUUGAUAUGAUGAUUUGUUGAGGAAAAGGCUAGUUAUUUACGUAAUUGUCUGAUGGGGAGGGCGUACGGUGACUAAUAUAUGUCAAUCACAGUCAACUAUAGUUUAAUCACAAAUUAGUUGGGAUUGACUACAUCAAUAUCUGUAUCAAUUUUGUGUGCACUUGAAUGGGUGGAAACCUCAGUGACUCGAUCAUGCAGCUUGCAAAAAUUACUACCACAUUUUUGUAUGGGGUUAGAUAUGGGGGAUGUACAGUUGAAUAAUCCCAGUUUUAUUAAUACUUUUCUUGUGGUCA